UUUUUUGUUACAACACCGGUCCCGGCAUUCAUUUCGUCUUCCGGUUUGAUGACGUCGGAGCACUGUGACUGCUAAUGGAGUAGGGUGAUGUAGGCCUGUGUGUUUUUCUCUCUAUGGACGUGGUGGCCUGUCUGAGGCUUCUCUGUGGAUUUCUCACCUGAGCGUAAUCGGUGAAGACAAUUCUGAACUUUGGGUUGCCCCCCGAACAUGGACAGAGGGGAAAUCUUUCAAUAGGGACACCAUUUCUGGUGAGGCAGGAAGUGAAAGAUGCCUUAUGUUGAAAGAUAUUUUGCACCACUACACUCUGAUUCCUCCCUUGAACCUUGUUUGAAGAAGUCCAAACUUGACUAUUCAGCAAUAUGUAAAAAGAAGAAAACUGAUGUGUUCAUACCACUAGAAGCACCAUCAGAAAAAGAGAGUUCGCCAGGGCUCACAGACACCGGGUACUAUGGAUCAGUCAAAGGUCAACAUGAAAAACCAGGUAAAGAUUUCCCAAAUGGUUUGGACAAUCAAGCAAAAAGAGGGGAAGAGUCCAAACUUGACCAUUCAGGAUUAUGUAAUAAAAGGAAUUCUGAGGUGUUCAUACCGCUGGAAACACCGUCAGAAAAUUGGAGUCCGUCGGGGUUCUCGGAGACCAGAUACUAUGGAUCAGAUAUAGGCAAAAAUAACAAAUCAAGAGUCGGUGAAGAUUUCCAAUAUGGGUUUUACAUUGAUAAAAAACCAGGACCAUAUAAAAAUGACUGCUCUGAAACUGCCCUUAGUGGAACAGAAGACAGCAAUAAAAAACAGAAAAUCUUGGGACUUCCUAAAACAGACAAAUGGAAAAAGAACAAUUCUGAAGCAGCAUUUUCAGAAACAAGUACAGCUUUUAUAGGACCACUUUACCAGCCCCCUCCUCAAGUUGAUACUUUAUCAAGAACCACCAAUAAAGAAAACAGUAAGUCUCCCUCCUUCAGGAUUACAACUGCGGUAUCGGAGAAAGCAGCAGAUGAAACAAAGAGUGAGGGUGGGAUGGACUAUGAGAUGCAGCAAUUUUACAACGAAAUUAAUCAACUUGAAGCUGCUACUGAUGACCCUAAUGUCCUUCAGACAUCUGAUAAUAGUCAGCAGAAUUGUAGCUCCCACCAAAGCAAUGCACCAACAAUCCAGGAGGUCAGAGAUCAUCAUAACCAAAAACCUUCCUCGCAGCCUUGUAAUCCUUUACCUUGUAUGCCAUCAGCUCCGAUUCCUCCCAGUUAUCAUCCCACUCCAGCAACAAUCUCACCAGCUGAGCAUUCUACAUUACUUCCUAUUCACAACCAGUUUUCUUGGGAUAGGUCAGUGCCAAUUGAUGGAACCAAUUCUUUUGGAAGCCAGUCAUUGCCACCUCCAUGGUUUCAAGGUCCUCCUCCACCUACCUUUGAUGGAACCAAUUUUUCUUUUGUAAGACCGUCAUUGACACCUCCAUGUUUUCAAGGUCCUCCACCUGCUUUUGAUAGAACCAAUUUUUCUUUUGUGAGCCAGUCAUUGCCACCUCCAUACUUUCAAGGUCCUCCUCCACCUCCUUUUGAUAGAACCAGUUCUUUUGUAAGCCAAUCAUUGACGCCUCCAUGUUUUCAAGGUCCUCCUCCACCUGCUUUUGAUAGAACCAGUUCUUUUGUAAACCAGCCAUUGCCACCUGCAUCUUUACAAGGUCCUUCUCCACCUUCUUUUGAUAGAAGCAAACCACCUUUUGAUAGAAGCAAUUCUUUUGAUAGAAGCAAGUUAUUGCCACCUGCAUCUUUACGAGGUCCUUCUCCAUCUGUUUUUGAUAGAAGCAAUUCUUCUUUUGAUAGAAGCAAUUCUUCUUUUGAUAGAAGCAAUUCUUCUUUUGACAGAAGCAAGUUAUUGCCACCUUCAUCUUUACAUGGUCCUUCGCCUUCUUUUGAUAGAGGCUCGCCUUCUUUUGAUAGAGGCUCGCCUUCUUUUGAUAGAGGCUCGCCUUCUUUUGAUAGAGGCUCGCCUUCGCCACCUGCAUCUUUACAAGGUCCUUCUCCACCUUCUUUUGAUAGAAGCAAUUCUUCUUUUGAUAGAAGCAAGUUAUUGCCACCUGCAUCAUUACAAGGUCCUUCUGAACCUUCUUUUGAUAGAAGCAAUUUUUCUUUUGAUAGAAGCAAUUCUUUUGAUAGAAGCAAGUUAUUGCCACCUGCAUCUGUACAAGGUUCUUCGGCACCUUCUUUUGAUAGAAGCAAAUCUUCUUUUGAUAGAAGCAAUUCUUUUGAUGGAAGCAAGUUAUUGCCACCUGCAUCUUUACAAGGUCCCUCUGAACCUUCUUUUGAUAGAAGCAAUUCUUCUUUUGAAAGAAGCAAGUUAUUGCCACCUGCAUCUGUACAAGGUCCUUUGGCACCUUCUUUUGAUAGAAGCAAAUCUUCUUUUGAUAGAAGCAAGUUAUUGCCACCUGCAUCUUUACAAGGUCCUUCUCCACCUGUUUUUGAUAGAAGCUAUUCUUCUUUUGAUAGAAGCUAUUCUUCUUUUGAUAGAAGCAAGUUAUUGCCACCUGCAUCUUUACAAGGUUCUUCGGCACCUUAUUUUGAUAGAAGCAAAUCUUCUUUUGAUAGAAGCAAUUCUUCUUUUGAUGGAAGCAAGUUAUUGCCACCUGCAUCUUUACAAGGUCCCUCUGAACCUUCUUUUGAUAGAAGCAAUUCUUCUUUUGAUAGAAGCAAUUCUUCUUUUGAUAGAAGCAAUUCUUCUUUUGAUAGAAGCAAUUCUUCUUUUGAUAGAAGCAAUUCUUCUUUUGAUAGAAGCAAUUCUUCUUUUGAUAGAAGCAAGUUAUUGCCACCUGCAUCUGUACAAGGUCCCUCUGAACCUUCUUUUGAUGGAAGCAAUUCUUCUUUUGAUAGAAGCAAUUCUUCUUUUGAUAGAAGCAAGUUAUUGCCACCUGCAUCUGUACAAGGUCCUUCGGCACCUUCUUUUGAUGGAAGCAAAUCUUCUUUUGAUGGAAGCAAAUCUUCUUUUGAUGGAAGCAAAUCUUCUUUUGAUGGAAGCAAGUUAUUGCCAACUGCAUCUGUACAAGGUCCUUCGGCACCUUCUUUUGAUGGAAGCAAGUUAUUGCCAACUGCAUCUUUACAAGGUCCUUCUGAACCUUCUUUUGAUAGAGGCGAACCUUCUUUUGAUAGAGGCGAACCUUCUUUUGAUAGAGGCGAACCUUCUUUUGAUAGAGGCGAACCUUCUUUUGAUAGAGGCGAACCUUCUUUUGAUAGAGGCGAACCUUCUUUUGAUAGAGGCGAACCUUCUUUUGAUAGAGGCGAACCUUCUUUUGAUAGAGGCGAACCUUCUUUUGAUAGAGGCGAACCUUCUUUUGAUAGAGGCGAACCUUCUUUUGAUAGAGGCGAACCUUCUUUUGAUAGAGGCGAACCUUCUUUUGAUAGAGGCGAACCUUCUUUUGAUAGAGGCGAACCUUCUUUUGAUAGAGGCGAACCUUCUUUUGAUAGAGGCGAACCUUCUUUUGAUAGAGGCGAACCUUCUUUUGAUAGAGGCGAACCUUCUUUUGAUAGAGGCGAACCUUCUUUUGAUAGAGGCGAACCUUCUUUUGAUAGAGGCGAGUUAUUGCCACCUGCAUCUUUACAAGGUCCUUCUCCACCUGCUUUUGAUGAAAGCAAUUCUUCUUUUGUAAGCAAGCCAUUGCCACCUCCAUGUUUUCAAAGUUCUCCUCCACAUGCUUUUGUAGGAAAUCAUGGUCCACCUCCUCCAAGACACAACUAUCCAUUGACAUUCCCAAUGGAAGAUGACAUACGAAAAUCGCCAUAUCAUGAAAAUGAGAAAUAUGACAGUGUGAAUGAUGACCAUCCAAGUCCUACAACUCAGGCUCCAUGGCACAGCUCACAGUGGCUGCCUGAAAACAUGUUUAGCCCUCAGGGUAGAGGUUUUACAGAGUCAUUUACUAGACCUCCUUUUGAAUCCUCACAACAGGCUAAUCAACGGGAAGACUUUUAUGAACAGAAAGGUAGACCUUUUAAUGAAAUAUUACCCCAAGGUGGUAACGUGUAUGAACAAUAUCCUCCUAGAUUCAGGGAUGAAGCUAUAUGUACAGAUUCAAAAAGAAAACUGCUGCUUUUAAGGGGCGUCCCAGGCUCAGGGAAAAGUACACUAGCACGUAUUCUGCUUGAUCAGUCUCCUGAUGGCAUUGUCUUCAGCACCGAUGAUUACUUCUGCCAGGAAAGAGGAUAUACAUAUGAUGUGAAACUGCUGGGAGAUGCACACAACUGGAAUCGGAACAGAGCCCAGAGAGCAAUGGAUGAUGAAAUUUCACCUAUUAUAAUUGAUAACACCAAUAUCCAGGGCUGGGAAAUGAAACCGUAUGUACAAAUGGCUUUAGAGAGCGGUUAUGCGGUUGAAUUCCUUGAGCCAAAUACGUGGUGGAAAUUAGACUCACAAGAAUUGGAAAAGCGGAAUACCCACAGAGUGCCCCGUGAGAAGAUUUCACAGAUGUUGGAACGCUUUGAGCAUAAUAUGGAUGUUGGAGUCGUUAUGAACUCUGUUGAACCCCGUCGUGUACGCCAGAGACGUCCCGCUCCAGAGGACAGGCAGAGGUGGGGAGCCUCUGUAGACUAUACAACACACAGCUCAUCAUUCCAGAUCAGAUAGCGAAUGUCCUCUAUAAAUGCAUCGCAUUUAAAAAUAAUGGACCUAUACUAACUCCGUAUUGAGUACAUUAGGGCAACAUUUUACAGAGAACUCGCAUUCUGCCUUUUGUGUGCAGAACCUUUCCGAAGUAUCAACUGUUUUUACACGUUGUUCCUGGACGUGAACUUGUUUUUGUUUUAUUAUUUUAGCGUAUUGUUAUUGUCUUUGUGUGUGUGAUUUAUAACUUUAAGUGACCCACUGAUAUUUGAUUUCUAUGAAGGAUCUCAGGGUAAGUCUCCCCGUUUUUCUUUGUUUUUAAUAUGGAGAUGGUCUUAUCUGUAAAUAAUUUAUUUCCGUUGUGUGAUUUAAGGAGACAGUAUUUCUGACUCUAUACUUCGCCUGUAAAUAUUUAACUUUGGGAGUAAAAUCGGUUGAAUAGUCAUCACUGUAUAAUGUUCAAAUGGCUCCAAUUUUUUUUUUUUUUAACCAAAUAUUUACUUUAUCACCAUUACAUUGAAAGGAAAAUGCAUAAUUUUUAUUUAAAGUUUUUUUUUGUAAUACUUGGCGACAACAAUUGCAGUUAAAAAAAAUAAAAAUAAAAAUCCUGUCGGCCAGCCCUGCAAUAGAAUCUGUAUUGUACACACCUCUCCAGUGGCCUGUCUCUUACCUUCAUUCCUUGCAGGAGAGCCGCCAGCAAUGUAAGUAUAUAACCUAUUGUAUUCCAGUUUUUUUUUCUUGUAUGCCUGGCAGGGUCUCUAUAAUGAAAUGCCAUGGAAAGUGAAAUUGCUGUAUGAUCAGAUAUAAUCAGGACUCUGUUGUGCAUGCUGGGAAAUGUAUGUAGUACCGGGGCUAGAUUUUUCAAAUGUGACUAUGCUGAUGUGAGAGUAAAUUUCUUUCUUUUUUUU